AUGAUGUUACCACGCCGUCUGUUGUAUUUAUUGGCUUUGCUUCUCAGUAUUGCCUCUUUAUGUUCUGUGUCUGGAGAGAUUCCACCUGCUGCAGUUGGUCCUUCUGGUGAUGGUGGUCUUCCUCGCGUUGACAGUAGCGAUCCGGAAUUUCUGGAGGUUAAUUUUGGUCCUCCUGAUUCUCAUCCUCGUGUAGAAAAUAGAGAUCCAGCAAAGGAAAUCCCUAAUGCUCAUAAAGAUUUACCGGACCCACUUAAGGAAAGCGUACAAGCGUUGAAAGAGGAUCCAGGUCCUAGUGGUAAACAGAAUGGCUCUUCUGGUGGUAAACCCGGUGAUGGACAGCAGAAAGAGCAAUUGAAGGCUGCGGAAGGGCCGGGAAAAGAGGCGAGGGAGAAAGAAAUAACUAAGGAACGUCAACAUUCUGCGGUGGGUAAGAUAGAUGAUCCUACUGAAAACCUUCAGGGAAUUCAAACACAAAUAUUAUCUGAAACCGCCCCAAGUUCUUCUUCGUCUGUUGUUUCUUCUGCACCACGUGCUGGUGGCCCAACAAAAGGUGAAGAAACCUUAUCUAAGCAGAGUGAGAGUGGUGGUCCCGCACAAGAUACUAGUAACCAAAACGACAAACUCCAAGGUGAAAACACGCAGAGCAACGAAAGCGAUAUAAAGGAUAGACCUCAAAAUACAUCAACCUCUACUUCUUCUAUUGAAACCAGUACAAGUAAUUCGGAGAGUCAUGAAAACAGUGCCACGAAGGAACAAACACACUCUACACAGGACUCUCCAUCAACCACUGGUACAGGUGAGACCACUAAAGCCGAAAACACGACCUCCGUCACUCUCAAUACAACCAGUAAUGAGGAAUCAAUCACAGCAACGACACCGACAACACCACUUCCUCCUGUGUCUACAAACACGAUGAUGCCAAAUGUGAAGGGU